AUGGAUAUGCAUAAUAGCUAAAAUAUCGAGAAUCUUAGUAGAAAACAAAACUCUUAAAAGAAAUAAGAGAAGUUUGCCUCCAGAAUAACAUUUCUUAGACUUGUUUUAUGUGAUAAAAGAACCAUAAGGGCUUCUGCUUAAAUUUGUAAGAUAAACUUUUCAACAGCGAAAGCCAUACUAAAUAAAUUUAGAAGACAUGGAGUGCUUUAAGAGUCUAAUAAAGAUUACGAUGGUUAACUUGAUCUACUAAGAUAGAUUGUUUAAAUUCAGAAGGGGAUUAGAUGUGAGCAGAUUUCCAAAAUGCAAUUAGCAAGAUAGAAACUGAAUAACCAAUUAUAACUAUUUCUUUAGAAUAAUUAAAAAUAAAAGUAUAGUGAAUAAUUCAAUUCCUAAAUGGAUAAAGAUGAACUUGAAUAACAACUCAGAUAAGAAUAACAAAAUUAGUAUAAUUUAUUAAGGUAAAUAUUAGAAUAGUAAAUAAUUUUGAUAAAUAAAAUAUGUAGAUGA